AUGAUGCUGGGAAUCGAAUCGCCGCAGCCUUCUGAACUAGAGCGCGACAAUGCUCGUCAGCUGUUCAAUGAGUUCUUGGGGGAAUUUUCAGGAGAAGUGACAAACUACGAUAGCAUCGUCAGCACCACAAAGGAAUUGCGGGCGGAGGAGUCACUGCCUGAUAAGCACGAAGAGUUUUUUAGGCUCUUUGCAAAUAGCUCAAGUGCUGGUCAAAAUGAGAACCUUCCGAAUGAGAAUACGGACUUGAGAUGUCUAGACUAUCGUAGUGCAUAUGUGGCCGAAGUAACUGAGUUGUCUUCCUCUUUGACCAAACAUUCGGAGGAAGUGGUGGCAGAGCACAAACAUUCCCCCCCAGACAUAUUGAUGGAGGAAACGCUUGUUGAGACAUUAACAGGGUCAACAAAUAAGGAAGAAAGCAAAAGCAUUGGUUCCGGCAAUUCACUAAGCGAGAGCAGCUCUUGCUCGAAAAUUACUAACUCGCAGAGCUCUUUUGACUCUAAUCAGUCCGUUGUGGGUAGCUCUAACACGGAUCGUGAUAUAGAGUUUCGGGCUAACGAAAGUGAUGUGGACAUCAUCUCCAAUCCGAGCCAGUCAAGCAUAGAGGUGAUAGAUCCAAACUACGCACAGAGCACUAGUCGCAAGACCUUAGAAGAGCGCCAUCUGUCACAUCUCGAAACGAUAAGCGAUGAAAAAGGGCAAUCUAAAAGGUUCUUAGAUCGAAAGUUCGAUUUAAUUCAGGCGGAACAGGGUCAGACUGCAGCUCCCGUAUCAUUAUCUGUGUCCCAAGUUUCGCUCACAGAAAGCAGCUCGUCAGGAUCUAUUACCGACAGCAUUUGUACAACCUACGAGCAGCUGGGCAUUGAUGGGCCGACAAGUCUUUCAAAUUUGCUGCUUUCCGAAUCUUUAAAUAGUCAAAUAAGUAGCUCAAAUACGGACUCAAUAAGCCGUUUAAAAAGAGCUGAUGGAGUCAGCCUUUUACCGUUUGCAGCCGUAUUUCGUUCAACUAAUCUGCUCAUGUCCAGCUCAAAGAAGAUGGUAGACUCUGAAGCUAAUGUCUUGGGUACUCAGCCCUACAAAUUUAACUACAUUGACUUUGAUGAUAUCGAUCACCGUCUAAAACUCUUCUUCUACCAGAGCAAGUUUAAGGAGGAUGGUGAACAUUUUAAGUGGUUGGCAAAGGGACGCGUCUUUAACGAGCAGACCCAGGAGUAG